AUGAAGAUCGCCCUCGCCCUCGCCACCCUGCAGGGCCUUGUUGUCCACGGCAUCCGCAUCGUCCACAGCAACGAUGACGGCUGGGCCGAGCUCUUCACGCGUUCCUUCAACGACGUCCUGCGCGCCGCAGGCCACGACGUGGUCCUCUCCUGCCCUGCCAGCGACAACUCCGGCUGCUCUUCUUUCGACGAUAAGCCAAAAUCCCGCGUCAUGCCCUGCCAGUACAACUCGUGCCCAGAGUACGCGGGCCCGACCGGGUUCAACGCCUCGCGGCCGGACCUGCACUGGGUCAACUCCUUCUCGACCACGGCGAUGCGGUACGGGAUCCAGACCUUUGGCCCGCAGCACUGGGGCGACACGGCCGAGCUCGCCGUCGCCGGCGUCAACGUCGGCGCCAACAUCUUCCUCACCGUGCCCUUUUCCGGCACCGUCGGCGCCGCCGUCUGGGCCGCCGGAAGAGCGCACAUCCCCGCCAUCGCCUUCUCCGGCGACGAGGACCGCCGCAAGACCGCGCGCUGGGACACCUUCCCGCCCCCGCGCGCCGCCGCCGUCUACGCCCAGCUGGCCAUGAACCUGACCAGUGUCGUCAUCGCCGGCGGCAAGCCGUACCUGCCCAAGGAAGUCUUUCUCAAUGUCAACUUUCCCAGGAUUAACGAGCGCUGCUCCGACCCGACCACGUUCCGGUGGGUGCUGACCCGCAUCAACCCGGGCUGGUUCUCCCCCAAAGAUGUCAAGUGGUGCGGUCGCAGGCGGCUCCCGACGGAGCGCCGCGUCCAUUCCAAAAAACGCUGCUACGUCUCCGUCAGCAUCGGCAACGCCAGGGACAAAACGACGUCCAACGACGUGAAGAAGCAGCAAAUGGUGCUCGACAGGCUCAAGAGCAUGCUUUCCUGCAUGCGUUGA